AUGGCAAUUGCAAGAACAGGAGUUUUUGUAGAUGACUAUUUAGAGUAUUCGAGCACGCUCCCUGCAGAGCUUCAGAGGCUUCUUAACACCAUUCGAGAACUUGAUGAGCGUUCCCAAGCAAUGAUAAACCAGUCAAGGCAGCAAACAAAGUACUGUCUGGGGUUGGCAUCUCAAGGGGGAAAGUUCUCCAGGAAAGGUGAAGAAGAAGAGGUGUUUGAAAAGCUUCGGAAAGAGAUUGAGGGUAAUCAGGACAAUGCCCUCGGUCUCUGCACUGAGAAAGUCCUACUGGCCCGUCAAGCUCAUGAUCUUAUUGACAGUCACAUAAAACGCCUUGAUGAGGAUCUGAAUAACUUUGCUGAAGAUCUCAAACAAGAAGGUAAAAUAGCGCCAGAUGAGCCUGCUGUUCUUCCUCCAUUACCUUUAGUUCCUAAGAGCGAAAAACGCAGAGUACUAAUCGGAACACCUCAAUUGAAGAGGCCAGAUAACAAGGAGAGAGAUUGGGAUAGGGAGCGUGACAGAGAUUUUGAACUUAUGCCCCCUCCUGGAAGCCUCAAGAAAGAAUUUGCCUCGCCUGUCGAGCUUGAUCAGCCUAUUGAUCCAAAUGAACCUACUUACUGUGUCUGUCAUCAGGUAUCUUUUGGUGAUAUGAUUGCUUGCGACAAUGAUAACUGCCAAGGAGGUGAAUGGUUCCAUUAUUCUUGUGUUGGCCUCACUCCUGAAACAAGAUUUAAAGGAAAGUGGUGGUUGUCUGUACCAUGUGCUAUCGGCGGUUUUCUUCGGAUGACGGGGUGCACUAGGCUUUUGACCGAUGAUGUUGCUUCCAGCCGGCCGGUGACGGGGCUCCCGAGUGUGAAGGGAGAGAUGACCGGACAAGGCUGCUCCGAGGUGGCUAAGCGAUGGGCUACUGUGCUCCGACGGGCUGAGAGAAAUCAGACCAGAUGA